UUUGCUAGUCUUAAGUCGCCAAAAAGACGGUGGCUGCGUAAAAGAUUGGAAGUUUCGAAACAUGAAUUUUCCUACUGAUACUCCAAAUAGUCACGUUUGAAUUACAGUGAAUUCGACUUAGUGACGGAAUUUGAAGAUGGACUGAAAGGUAAAUGACAUUCAUCUCUUUACGAAUUUGUGAGGUCACAUUCCUUGAAUGCUCCUUGAAAGUUUGCGUCGCAUAGUGAUGGUAGAUAGUAUGGCGUCCAUGCAUUUUUUCAUUGAAAAAACUUGUUAAGCCCAGAUCCUUCGUUUUGCAGCACUGUGCUAUUGUUAUCCAGUAGAGAGGCCUCGAUGUGUAAAAGGUAUGUGCUGAACUUUUAUAAGGUUUGGUUUUCGAAACAACUCUUUAAAUGGUAUAUAAUGUUGAGGAUACGCAUGCAAGAUGUAGCAGGUGCAAGUCGGAAUGUAGAACCGGAAUAGAUAUAGACAGGAUAACUGCAAAAAUUAGGAAUACCUUAAUAGUUGAAAAAUUCUCAUUUUCCAUCGACUUUUACUUCUGGUUGAGACGGUUCUAAAAACAUAGUGAUUCUUGAUUCACAUGUAACUAAAAAAUUUGAACUACUUCUUAUUCGUGAUUUGGCUAUCCGUCAAGCAUUUGCUAGAUACAUUUUCGAGUUUUCUAUACUUUCACACAUUGUGGGCUAUUCGUGAUAUUUGUAACAUGUUCUUCUUCUACUCGUGGAACCGGUUAGCGAUAUACGUCGAGUCGAUCAAAAUCCAGUCUUUUCCAUGUUGGACAUACCCAGUUCUUUUUCUUUUAAAUCAUCACAUCGCAAACGGUUCUUAAUCGAGAAAGACCAUCUGCACCUCCGUGGAGAGGUUUGUUCAUUAUACGUUAGCGAGUACUAGUUCGUUAGGAAGAUGAUUUGGGAAAAAACCGAAGCUUUCGUCGUUCGAUCGAUAAUGGAACAAAACUGGCAAUUGUUCCUGUCUUUUAUUUGUUUUAAUUUUGCUUAUUUAAUAUCAAAUUUUUCCCUCGUCUGUUAUCUUCUUUGUGCAGCUGGGCUCACCCUUUUGAUUUCAGCUUUUUUCAACACACUUUCGAUAACGUGCAAAGGCCGUGGAGUUCUCGUCACCGGAUGUGAUACGGGAUUCGGACACGAGCUGGCCAAGAAAUUACAUUCAUGUGGGUUCACUGUUUUUGCCGGUUGUCUCGAUGGGAGGAGCAAUGGAGCCAUCAGACUGAAGAGAUUGGGCGAUGAGUCGGGACGACUUCACGUAAUCGCAAUUGAUGUUACCAGUCAGGAAGAUGUAGACAAAGCUCUCUGUUAUGUCGAGGAAAAUCUUCCCGAACAUGGACUUUGGGGUCUUGUUAACAAUGCCGGCCAGUCCAGCAGUCUUGGAUUUUUGGAAUGGACUCCAAUGAAAAUUUACGAAAAGGUUAUGGCGGUUAAUGUAUUUGGGGUCUUUCGCGUGACAAAUGCUUUUUUGCCGCUCAUCCGCAAAAGCCAAGGAAGGAUCGUCAAUGUGUCUUCGAUUUUGGCCCGCACUUUGUUUCCAUUUUCUGGCUCCUACACGAUCACGAAGAGCGUGAUUGAUGCGUAUACAACCAUUCUUCGUCUCGAGAUGAAACGUUUCAACGUCAAAGUGGUUGUCGUCGAACCGGGAAACUUCAUGACGGCUACCAACUUCAGUACUUGCAACGGUCAAGGCGGAUUUGCCUUCAAUUCUCGACGCAUGUGGGACCAAUUGGACGAGAAAAUUCAAAACGACUACGGGAAGAAUUCUUUAGAGCGGCAAAUAUGCAUUGCGGAAAAGUUGGUUGAAAUAUCUGAAGGAGAACCGAGUUACGUCGUGAAUGCCAUGGCGAGUGGCAUUCUUCGCUUGUAUCCUAAAAACCGAUAUUUUAUCGCUUCACUUUCUGAUAAAAUAAUGGCGUGCAGUAUACAGUAUUUGCCUCUUUGCAUUAGCGAUCUUCUCGUCUCGGGAAUUGAAUCUCAUACGAUUCCAAUCGCCAUUUUACAUUACGUUAAGUACCUUGUAUUGGUUCCUUCAUUCGUAAUUCUACUUUUGCUGGCUGCCGUCCUUCGUACGAUCAGUGUGUAAAUGUCUAACGCACAACAGGUGACUAUUCCGUUUAAUUAGAAUUGAACAAACACAGCUUUAAAGGGAAAACAUCUUUUACUAUGUAGAUGUUGUGCUUUUCCCCCGCCAGUAGAUGAGAUGUAAUGAAUUUGUGCUUAAUACAGUAUUUAGAGCAAA